GCCGGAAGUGACGAACACAUUUCAUUUCCACCAUGGAGUCUAACACAGAGACUGGAGAUAAAGUACCUGCUGAAGUUACCUCUGCCCAGAAAAGAGAGGACAGACUUAAGAGGUUCCGGGAACUUCAUCUGAAAAGGAAUGAAGCUCGUAAGCUCAAUCACCAGGAAGUGGUGGAGGAAGACAAGAGGCUGAAGCUGCCAGCAAACUGGGAGGCCAAGAAAGCCCGGAUGGAGUGGGAACUGCAGGAUAACGAGAAGAAGAGGGAGUGUGCCGCCAGGGGCGAGGAUUACGACAGGGUGAAGCUGCUGGAGAUCAGUGCAGAGGACGCCGAGCGCUGGGAGAGGAAGAAGAAGAAGAAGAAUCCCGACCCGGGCUUCUCAGGUUACGCGGAGGCGCAGCUGCGCCAAUACCAGCGUCUCACCAAACAGAUCAAACCCGACAUGGAGAGCUAUGAGAAGCAGCGGGAGGAGUGCGGUGAAGAUUUCCACCCCACCUCCAACAGCCUGAUCCACGGCACCCACGUCCCCUCCAAGGAAGGCAUCGACCGCAUGGUGGAGGACGUGGAGAGACAGAUAGAAAAACGCUCUAAGUACAGCCGGCGUCGGGCCUACAACGACGACGCCGACAUCGACUACAUCAACGAGAGGAACGCCAAGUUCAACAAGAAGGCCGAGCGCUUCUAUGGCAAAUACACGGCCGAGAUCAAGCAGAACCUGGAGAGAGGCACGGCCGUGUGAGUCGCGCUGCAUUAACCCGCCUGCAGUACCCGGAGCGCAGCGGGCCCUCCCACUUCCCUCUGUCAUCACCUGCUGGCUGGACGGCUGUUUUCGCUGGACCCACCCUAGUUACAAACCUGCCUCAGCCGGCAACAUUUACUCAUUUUAGACGACAGAAAAUGACAGCAGAAAACGUGGGCCUGAAUUUGCAGGGGGUUAGUGGGUUUUUUGAUUAUUUUAUUAGUCGUAGGGUCUACGUUUUUGAUCCAGCCCAUGAUUGUUAAUGGAGUGCUGGAACGAUCUGUAAAGGACUGUAAAAAUCUUUCAUCGGUGGGACUGGGAUUUUUUUCAUUUUUUAUUCUGUGUAUGCUUUUGUGUAAAGUGUGAUAAACAUUUGUCCUGCUACCUUGGCAGCAGUACAUUGUUUUACACAAUAAAACU